AUGCCAUGUGAUCCGAGAUAUUGGAAAUUAGAUCCCAAACAGUUUAUUCCUGAGAGAUUAUUUGGUACGGAUGCUCCUGAUGCCAAUCAUCAUCCGUUGGUGUUCGCACCAUUCGGCGGUGGACAUCGCACUUGUGCUGGACAAGAAUUGGCACGAUUAGAAUUAAAGUUAAUUGUUAUUCGUUUUAUGCUAUUCGUUACUUUUGUUGAUGCAUCUGGCAACAACGGUGGUCAUUCUCAAGCAAUGGUUGUUUCACCAAAAGAACUCGCUGUUUUCAUCAAAUUCGAUUAA